ACGAUAUCACACUCGGAGCUCGUCGAGCUCCCUCCCAUGGCGGAAACCGUCCUCUUCCCCUCCGCAUCUCGCCUCGCCACCUCCUCCCUCCUCCUCUCUCAUGGCCGUAAAACCCUAAUCCCUCGUUCCCUCCUCUCCCCCUUCUUCUCCUCCUCCCUCCUCCUCCCCUUCUCUCUUCUUCUCCACAAACGCUUACUCUCCUUCUCCCUCUCCUCCACACGAACCCCGGCCCCGAUCCUCCAUGCUUCGCUCCGCACCUCCCGAUUGUUCAGCGAAGGGAGGGACGAGGACGAGGCGCGCCUCGUUUGCCCCGGAUGCGGCGUGUUCAUGCAAGAAUCCGACCCCAACCUCCCCGGAUACUACCAGAAACCCUCGUCGCCAUCUCCGGACGAAGACACCGGGUACGGUUCCGAGGACCCCCUUUUCUCCGAUUCCGAAGAGAUUUUGGAUGAAUUGGAUGAGGGUGUUGAUGGGUCGUCGUCAAAAUUUGAUCUUGGUGAGGGUUUGGUGGAGGAUUUGGAGGAGGAAGAUGAUUGGGAUUCGGAUUGGCUGGAUGAGGAGGAUGAGGAGGAGAGGUUGAAGAGGGAAUUGGAUGGUUUCGCCCCCGCGGGAGUCGGGUAUGGAAAUGUUACUGAGGAGACACUGAGCAAGAUGAAGAAGGAGAAGAUGUCGAAAUCGGAGAAGAAGAGAAAGAUGAGAGAAGAAGAAGCUAAAAGGAUGGAAAUGGAGAAUUCGGCGGUAGUGUGUGCGCGGUGCCACUCGCUGAGGAAUUAUGGGCAGGUGAAGAACCAAAAGGCCGAGAAUUUGAUCCCCGACUUCGAUUUCGAUCGGUCCAUAUCGACCCGAUUGAUGAAACCUUCGAAUAGUUCUCCUGUUGUAGUUUUAGUUGUUGAUUGUGUGGAUUUCGAUGGAUCAUUCCCUAAGAGAGCGGCAAAAUCUUUGUUUAAGGCAUUGGAGGGAAGCAACAAGAACACUAAGACAACUAAACUGCCGAAACUUGUUCUUGUGGCAACUAAGGUUGAUCUUCUACCCUCACAGAUCUCUCCAACAAGAUUGGAUCGAUGGGUUCGUAACCGCGCCAAGGCGAACGGAGCCCCUAAGCUUAAUGCAGUUUAUUUGGUGAGUGCCCGCAAAGAUCUCGGAGUUAGGAAUUUGAUUUCUUAUAUAAAGGAAUUGGCAGGUCCUCGCGGAAAUGUGUGGGUAGUUGGCGCACAAAAUGCUGGAAAAUCUACUCUGAUUAAUGCGUUUGCGAAGAGAGAAGGCGUUAAGAUUACGAGAUUGACUGAGGCUGCAGUGCCGGGGACUACAUUGGGUAUUUUGAGGGUUACAGGGGUUUUACCUGCGAAAGCGAAGAUGUAUGAUACGCCAGGUCUUUUGCAUCCGUAUAUUAUGACGAUGAGAUUAAGUCGAGAGGAGCAGAAGAUGGUGGAGAUCAGGAAGGAAUUACAGCCUCGGACUUUUAGAGUAAAGGUGGGGCAAACGGUCCACGUGGGUGGUUUAAUGAGAUUGGACCUAAUCGAGGCCUCUGUGGAAACGAUUUACGUGACGGUUUGGGCGUCUCCUUAUGCUUCUCUUCAUAUGGGGAAGACGGAGAAUGCCGACGACUUAAGGAAUAAGCAUUUUGGCGUCAGAUUACAGCCACCUAUUGGCCAGGAGCGGGUUGCCGAACUCGGCGAAUGGAAAGACAGAGAGAUAAAGCUUUCCGGGAACAGCUGGGAAGCGAACUGUGCGGAUAUUGCAGUUUCCGGUCUCGGAUGGUAUUCGUUGGGCCUAAAGGGCGACGCCCGUUUGAAGCUAUGGACCUUCGACGGCAUCGAAGUUACGCAGAGAGAGCCGCUAGUUCUCGACAGAGCUCCGUUCCUCGAACGCCCCGGAUUUUUGUUACCAAAGGCGAUUUCUGACGCCGUCGGUGAGAGAAGUCGGAAGGAGGCGGAAAGAAAGAGGAUGGUUGAGAGAGAAGAGAUUACUGUCUGAAGGCGAAGAAUCCGAAUUUUUUGUGAUUAGUAGAGAAGUAAUCAACUGUUCAUUGUAGAGCUCUCAGUGCAAGAAGCUAAGUAUUUUUUUUGCUUUCUGAAACUGCAGUUCUUGAAGCAAAAGUAUUAUGGUCCCUUUCAUGCAUUUUAACAGUAUCAACCUUGUCUACAUGUAAUUAUUAUCUGAAAUUUUUGGGAUUUAAAUUGCUUGAUCUUAUACAUGAUUCAUAUAUGAAUUAUUAA